CGCCGCUACUCCGAUUCUAUUUAAGACCCUCUGUCCUCUUUUUCCUGCCCCUUUCCUCCCCGGCCUCAUGGCCGCCCUUCCUCAUCACCGCCUCGCCCAGCAGCAGCGACAACAGCUGUUUUUCAGGAAUUAUGUGGGCCCCGACGGCCAGAUCGCCCUCUUCAACCGCUCCGACGAAUCCCGUCCCAGCUUAUUUGAUGUGAUGGGUGCUGCGCCUGGCGACGGGGGAUCGAAGGGGUGGGAGCCGAGGGCCAAGCGGCCGAAGGAGCAGGAUUUCCUCCCGAUGGCCAGCUCCCACAUGAUGGCCGUCGAUUUCCUGGGCACCCUCCCGGUGUCCACCGGUCUCGGGCUUUCGAUGGACGACGGGGGCGCGGUGGCCACCGCCGCCGCCUCCUCCUCCUCCGGCGACUCGCCCCUCUUCGUCCACCGCCUUCCGGCAAUUGAUGACGAGAUCGGCCAUGAACUCCUGAGGCAGGAAGCCGAGAUAGAUCGCUUUGUCGGAGUCCAGGGCGAACAAAUGAGGCAAGCAAUAUUGCAGAAGUUCCAACUGAAACAGCUACAGACAUUGAUGGCUAUCAAAGAUAAGAUCCUCCAUAAGAUCCAGGAGAAAGAAGCAGAAGUAGAGGAGAUCAAUAAGAAGAACGUGGAGCUUGAGGAACAAAUGAAACAGCUGUGUGGUGAAGUGGAGACAUGGCAGCAACGAGCCAAGUACAAUGACAACAUGAUCGUUUCCCUCAAAUUCCAUCUUCAACAAGUGCUUGCUCAGGGCAGGGACAGCAGGGAAGGGUGUGGUGAUAGUGAGGUAGAUGAUGCAGCCUCUUUCUGCAAGGGUGGGGAUGCCAAUUUCCAGCUCUUGGGCAAAGAGAAAAAGGGCAUGAAAGUUAUGCUGACUUGUAAGUUUUGCCAAGUCAACGAAGUCUGUAUGCUUUUGUUGCCAUGCCGACAUCUCUGCCUAUGCAAGGAAUGUGACAGUAAACUCGGCUUUUGUCCUCUAUGUCAGUCCUCAAAGUUUAUCGGCAUGGAGAUCUAUAUGUAAUGAAACAGUGGGUAUCAUGCAAAGUCUCUAGUUCCUCAAACCUCUCUAUGCUUGAUUUUUGUUACCACUUGUGCAUAACCAUCAAAAAUUUCAUGGAGAAUGAAGUGUCAAAUAGAGAGAGCAUUUUGCUGUCCUA